AUAAAUACCCUGUAGCUGAGAUGAGAUGAUAUCAUAUCCACAUAAAUAAAUUUUAUCAUGGAGAUUCUUCAGGUGUUAUGCAUCUCAAUAUUAUUCUUGUUGUCCACUCUCAUAUUCUUGAAAAACGGAAGCCAAGAAUCAAAGGGAAAAUUCCCUCCCGGGCCGCGAAAGCUGCCCGUGAUCGGAAACAUACUUGAUCUGAAGGGUGCGGUUCCUCACCGCACCCUUCACCAGCUCGCCCAGAAGUUCGGGCCCAUAAUGGGCCUUCAGCUGGGCGAGCUCUCUGUCGUUGUUAUCUCCUCCGCAGAUGCUGCAAAGCAAAUAAUGAAAACUCACGACGUCAACUUCGCAUCUCGGCCCCCGAUUAUGGCAGCAGAGAUAAUCAGCUACGGGUGCACGAGCAUCACUUUCAGCCCCUAUGGCGAGUACUGGAGGCAGCUGCGCAAGAUCUGCACGCUCGAGCUUCUGAGCGCGAAACGCGUGGAGUCGUUCCGGUCGCUGAGAGAGGAGGUGUUUGUUGAUCUCAGCAGGAGGUUCGCAUCCAUGGAGGGAUCGGAGGUGAAUUUCUCCAAGGAGUUUGGCACGGCGACUUACGCAGUGAUCGGGAUGGCGGCGGUAGGGGACGAGAAGCAGCAGCAUGCGUCUUUGCACCAUAAUGUGGAGGAGAUGUCGGAUUUGUCGGCGGGUUUCGAUGUUGCGGAAUUGUUCCCUUCCAUCAAAUUGCUCAAGUUGGUGAGUAGAUUGAGGAGGAGGGUUAUGGUUUUACACAAAGAGAUAGAUGAGACGCUUGAGAAUGUUAUCCAUCAACAUAGAAUUGCCAAUUCUGUCAACCAUGAAGAUCUCCUCGAUGUUCUUCUCAAAUAUCACCAAGAUGGACUUACAAUUGACAACAUCAAGUCUGUGAUUGUGGAUAUGAUAGGUGGUGGAAGUGAAACAUCAUCCACACUGAUGGAAUGGACUAUGUCUGAACUCCUCAAAAAUCCAACAACACUUGAAAGGGCACAACAAGAGGUGAGGGAGGUUUUUGAUGAAAAGGGAUACGUGGAAGAGUCGUGCAUUCCGCAGCUCAAGUAUCUGAAGUCUGCUAUGAAGGAGACUCUGCGGAUGCAUCCGCCCGUGCCUCUGUUACUUCCAAGAUUAUGCCGCGAAACAUGUGAGAUCGAUGGAUAUGAAAUACCAGCAGAAACCAAAAUCAUCGUCAACGCAUGGGCAAUCAACAGAGACCCUAAAUAUUGGGAAGAUCCUGACUGCUUUCAACCAGAGAGAUUUAUGGAUAAUGUGGUGGAUUACAAAGGAAAUCAUUUCGAAUAUAUCCCAUUUGGUGCUGGAAGGAGAAUAUGCCCUGGCAUGGGAUUUGGCAUGGCCAAUGUUGAGCUCCCUCUGGCAAUGUUUUUGUAUCAUUUCGAUUGGAAGUUAGGUGGAGGGAUGAAGCCUCAAGAUUUAGAUAUGAAAGAGGUAUUUGGCGUGGCAACUAGAAGGAACAAACAACUGUGCCUUGUUCCGAUUAUGCGAAGACCUUUGCCUACCAAAUAAGUCGAUGAGCUCCUAGUUAAGACACAUCUACAAUAAAUUAUGAGGCCUACUAUGAUGACUUAUGCUUUAUAGAUAUCUUAUUUUGAUAUUCUAUGUAAACUAUUCAAAUAAAGUAAUAAAUUAUGAGGCCUACUAUGGCUUAUGCUACGUAGA